AUGAAGUCUGCUAUCUCUGCCGCUCUUCUUUCUGCCAUUACUGUUUCAGCCGCUCCUGGGCUCGUUCUCGAUGUCACUGCUCCUCCUUCAGCUGUAGAUGUUGAUGGUCUCACCGUCAAGGCUGUCCUGAAGAACACCGGUACCGAAUCCCUCAAGCUCCUGAAUGACCCACGCACAGUUCUGUCCAAGGCGCCAACCGACACAUUCAGUAUCACUUCGGAUGCUAAUACCCAGACCCCCAAGUUCACUGGUAUCAAGCUGAAGUAUGUUCCGGCCACUGCUGCAGCAAAAGCACGCGACGCAGACUUUACUGUUCUUGCCCCGGGACAAAGUAUUGAGAUUGACCAUGCCCUGGCUGGUUUUGCUGCCAACAACGUUUUCAACUACGUCGACGCGUCCGGGGAGCUGAAAACGAUUGAAGCUUCGAGCAACUCGAACCGAUUCAAGCUCGCUGGUAAAUUGGUCGCCCCGAGCACUAAUCCCAAGACUCGCGCAAGAAGCAUCUCUAAACGGGUCGUCAGCUAUGCCGGGUGCUCUUCGUCUCAGCAGAGUUUAGUUUCUGCAGCCGCUACCGCUUCCAACACAUACGUAGCCAACGUCAACACCUAUCUGAACGGAAUCUCGUCGGGUACCACUCGCUAUACCACUUGGUUCGGAGCCUACACUGCGGCCAGGCUCAGUACCGUUCGUUCGCACUACACUUCCAUCGGUACCGAUGCGACGUCGACGACCUAUGACUGUACCACUUGCCAAAACACAUCUGGAAUUGAUUACGAUAGCACCUAUGCGUAUGUCUACAGUGACGAGCCAGGGACUAUUUACCUCUGCGGUGUCUUUUGGGAUGCCCCGGUCACCGGCACCGACUCCCGCGCGGGAACUAUCGUACAUGAAAACUCCCAUUUCGAGGUCAACGGCGGGACCUCCGACUGGGUCUACGGCCAGAGUUCCGCCAAGUCCCUCGCGACCUCUAACCCUACUCGCGCGAUCGACAACGCUGAUAACCACGAGUACUUGUAA